UCGUUUCCUCGCUCCGCGAGCUCGAACUCUUCCCUCUUCCCACCCGUCUCGCUUCGAUCCGUCUCCAUGGCUGCCGCAGUUGCUACGGCGGACCCUCGGGGUCGGCAUCCUCCGGGCCGUCGAGUCGACGACAAGAACCUGGUGUUCGACACGAGCCCCGUGGUGGAGGCCGUCGCGAGCUUCGACCAGAUGGGGAUCCGCGACGAAUUUCUUCGGGGCAUCUACGCCUACGGGUUCGAGAAGCCAUCCGCGAUCCAGCAGCGGGCCGUGGUCCCCAUCAUCCAAGGCCGCGACGUCAUCGCCCAGGCACAGUCCGGUACCGGAAAGUCCUCGAUGAUCUCCCUCUACGUUUGCCAGAUAAUUGACACCACCUCCAGAGAGAUCUCCAGAAGGAGCAAGGAUCAUUUAGGAAUUUGGGUUGUGAUCUCCAUUCAUCUAACAACUCCACUACCUUGCUUUCCCCUCUUCAGCCCUACAGUUAUAGUCCUAUAUAAUAUUUGGACUCGGUUGUAUCUGGUUGUUUUGGUAUCUGCAACUUUUCCCAAAGAAAUUCUGGAGUUGACCAACAAGUUCAUGGCCGACCCCAUAAGAGUCCUUGUCAAGCGUGAUAAACUGAUGUUGGAGGGCAUCAAUCAAUUCUUUGUUGCUGUUGAGCAUGACAAAUGGAAAUUUGGCACGUUAUGUGACCUGCAUGACAAUCUUACCAUUACCCAAGCCGUUAUAUUUUGCAGCAAGAAAAGAAAGCUUGUGGCUAUAAACUUUGCACCAAAAUGAUGACCUCAGGAUGCUAAGAGAAAUCAAACAAUAUUACAGUGUGCAGAUUGAUGAAAUGCCAAUGAAUAUAGCUGACCUUAUUUGAAACUAAUAUGACGAGGAUUGGUAGUUUAUCUCACAGAUAUGAAGGUACGUCCAGGUAACUAUCGUGAUUAUCGAUAUAACAUCAUUAAUCUUGUAAAUUAUUUGUGCUCGGAAGACCGUCAUGUUUGAAUAGAAGAAAAUUAUCGUCUCUGCUGACUCGAAAUAAGAAAAUUAGAAGACCGGCAUGUUUGAAUAGACUUUGCCUAUAUUAUUAACUGACUGUUAGCAUAUAUUUCAUGGUGGAUCACAUAGAUGUCAACCCAAUGCUUGCGGUAUGCAUGACAUAAAUCCUUAACUGCAGUAGCAAUCGUCAUUUACUAAAAUGCAACAAGUAUACAAUAUUAUGUAUCUCACAGCAGUCUAAUAAUGUAGGACUCAUUUCAUCCAUAUCUGCUGCAUAAUGUCUUCUUCUAUAUAUCUGUGCCGGGUGCUUCAAACUAUUAUUGAUGGGUGAAUCCAUCAGUAUUAUUGCAACCACGUAGUGUCUUCCAAGUUGACCCAUCUAAAUGCUUUAUCUGUACGUAGCAGAUAGGAAAUAGGUUGACUUAUUUUAUACAUCAGUAGCUUGGCAUCUUUGUUUCUUGUGUCUUCUCUUCGCUGGCAUUUGGACUUUGGAAUCACAAAAUCUUGCUGCACGUCGAGGUCGAGGUUGACCCCAGUAAACGAAAACAAACAAAACAACGGCGUCUUCCUGCUUGUGAAUGUCAACUCCCACCCUCAUAUCAUCGAGUUUGUCAACGAAUUCUUAGCUGUCUUGUCUCUUGCCAUGCUGUGUGAUGGUGUCUAAGUAAUUCGGAUGACAUUGAAUUUGAUUUGCAAGUCGACUGCCCUCAGCUUUCCCCCACAUGCAAUGGUGGAGUGUUGUGAGUCGGUGUUUCUACUUGACAUUAGUGAAUUCUUUUAGUAGGAUUUGGCAUUAUAAAGUGGUUGACCUGCGGUGAUUUAAUAGAAUUUUUACUAUUGAAUGGGGGUCAACAUAGUUCAGUAAUCCAAUAACACAUCACAAAUAAUUUUGAUGUGAAUAUAAGUACUAAGGUUAGCAUUAAAAAAAAGUCAAAGGCUCACCAAAUCUAUCUGUGACACAGUAAAGUCUAACCAAAUAAUUAACUAAAGCACAUGAAGUAAUAUAACCAAACUAUUCGAAAAGGAACAGUAACCCACCUCAGCUCGAUGCCAAUUGAUGGUGACAUUUUGGUCAAACUUGUAGACAUGUACUUGCCGACCUAAGACGAUCAAACACCCCACGGUAUAAUUUUGGACCUCCUCCCCACCGGUUCAAUUACACCGGUUCAACCAACCCACGAUUCGAGUCGAAGAAAUUAAAUACAUACCCAAACUUCACUCGGCUAAAACCCCGACGAACCGAACCGAGCCGAUCCGAAGCCGGUUCAGUUAGUGGGGCUGGCGAAGGGGAAGUACAUGAUGAGAUCUGCUGGUCUCAGACGAAUCUUUCCCCGUUUGCUCACUGUCCGAUCUCCUGAUGGGGCAAAAGAUCUCGCUGUCGCUGCGCUUCGAUACGCUUCCCGCAGACCAAUAUCUCCUCCCCCCAAUCCCGAUCCUUCCACAACCAUCAUCACCGAGGUUGGAUUCAGCAUCGGCAUGAUGAGCUCCUCCGACUCCAGCGAGAUCUCCCUCGGUACUGAUCCAAAGAUCUCGUCCCCCUCCCUCCCUCCCUCCCGUCGACGUGCAUGAUAUGGUAUCCGAUUAGAUAUCCCUGCCAAUCCUUUUCCUCUGGUUAGAUGAUGCCAGCGAGGGAUGAGUCAGUGGGUCAAUGCGUGGACUUCUUCUUCCACCCAUCGCAACCCCAACCCCUGUUCCGAAUCCGUAAAGAUUGUCUCUUUCGAUCGGGUACAGCGCUCCUUGGGAUUCUUAUA